GAACACACAGCAUCUUGAGCCAGGGUUUAAAUUCAUCCCUCUCUGCCUGGCUUCUCGAAAAGAGCUGUUUGCCAGCUUUCCUCUAUCUCCUCUAAAGACUCCAAUGUUCCCUUAAAAAAUAACAUUAUUCUGGAUUUAUUGGACUUACGAAGGUGGCAAAAGAGAUCAUGGUGCACACUCUAGGGAUCUGAUCUGAGCACCCUGAGGCAGAAGAAGCAGGGAACAGAGCAAGCAGUCGGAGGAGCGACAUUUCAACGGAAUGAUUGAAGAUUGUGGGAAAAGAGGAAAUACCAUGGCAGAAAGAAGGCAGCUGUUUGCAGAAAUGCGGGCUCAAGAUCUGGAUCGCAUUCGUUUAUCCACCUACAGAACGGCGUGCAAGCUUAGAUUUGUUCAGAAGAAAUGCAACUUGCACCUGGUGGACAUUUGGAACGUGAUAGAAGCGUUGCGAGAAAAUGCCCUUAACAACCUGGAUCCCAGCAUCGAACUGAACGUGGCUCGCCUCGAAGCUGUGAUUUCAACUAUUUUCUACCAGCUCAACAAACGGAUGCCGACGACCCACCAGAUCAAUGUGGAGCAAUCUAUCAGCUUGCUGCUCAACUUUUUGCUAGCAGCCUUUGAUCCGGAAGGACAUGGUAAAAUUUCCGUUUUUGCGGUCAAAAUGGCCUUGGCGACUCUUUGUGGAGGAAAGAUCAUGGACAAAUUAAGAUAUAUUUUCUCAAUGAUUUCAGACUCCAGUGGAGUGAUGGUUUAUGGCAGAUACGACAUGUUUCUGCGGGAGGUUCUCAAGCUGCCCACUGCUGUUUUCGAAGGGCCUUCGUUUGGUUAUACUGAGCAAUCAGCAAAGUCCUGUUUCUCGCAACAGAAGAAGGUCACAUUAAACACUUUCUUGGAUACUCUCAUGUCUGAUCCCCCACCACAGUGUCUAGUGUGGUUACCACUUCUGCAUCGACUGGCAAAUGUUGAAAAUGUCUUCCACCCCGUCGAGUGUUCGUACUGCCACAGCGAGAGCAUGAUGGGGUUUCGCUACCGGUGCCAGCAGUGCCACAACUACCAGCUCUGCCAGGACUGCUUCUGGAGAGGACACGCCAGCGGUUCCCACAGCAACCAGCACCAGAUGAAAGAGUACACGUCAUGGAAAUCACCUGCUAAGAAGCUAACUAAUGCACUUAGCAAGUCUUUAAGCUGUGCUUCCAGCCGUGAACCUUUGCACCCAAUGUUCCCUGACCAGCCUGAAAAACCUCUAAACCUGGCUCAUAUUGUGCCACCCCGACCUGUAACCAGCAUGAACGAUACACUCUUCUCCCACUCUGUUCCCUCAGGAAGUCCUUUUGCAAACCGAAGGUUGCUUGGGGGUAUAAAUGUAGCCAGUCCUGUGGCUGAUGAGCAUUCUCUUAUAAAGCUGUAUGUGAAUCAGCUUCACAACAAUUCACGCUCUCCUUACAAGGAUACUGAAGUAGAGCAGAGCAAACUGCUGGCUAGGGCUGUUCCAGCUUUCUUGAAAGGCAAAGGGUUACAGUACAGCCUCGAUGUUGCAGACAGGCUGGCCGAUGAACAUGUACUCAUCGGGUUGUAUGUCAACAUGCUCCAGAGCAACCCCGCACGCAUGCUCGACAGUGCAAGUCGUCUGGAUGAAGAGCAUAAGCUGAUCGCCAGGUAUGCAGCAAGGCUGGCGGCAGAAACUUCUUCAUCACAGCAGGGACAGCAGAGAGGAGCCUCAGAUAUCUCUUUCACCAUUGAUGCAAAUAAGCAACAAAGGCAGCUGAUUGCAGAGCUUGAAAACAAAAACCGAGAAAUCCUACAGGAGAUCCAGAGGCUGCGACUUGAACAUGAGCAGGCAUCUCAGCCCACACCAGAGAAGGCACAACAAAAUCCCACUCUCCUUGCAGAGCUCCGGCUCCUGAGACAGAGGAAGGAUGAACUGGAACAGAGGAUGUCUGCUCUCCAGGAAAGUCGGAGAGAGCUUAUGGUUCAGUUAGAAGGCCUCAUGAAACUACUGAAGGAAGAAGAAUUGAAAGAGACCCAAGGGGCAGGCUCCCCUCGUUCCUCACCCAGCCACACUAUCAGCCGACCUAUUCCCAUGCCCAUCAGGUCUGCCUCCGCCUGCUCCACCCCGACUCAUACACCUCAGGACUCACUGACCGGGGUGGGAGGAGAUGUGCAGGAAGCCUUUGCACAAGGUGCAAGACGGAACUUAAGAAAUGAUUUGCUGGUGGCAGCAGAUUCAAUCACCAACACCAUGUCUUCUUUGGUAAAAGAGCUAAAUUCUGAAGUGGGAAGUGAGACAGAGAGCAAUGUGGAUUCAGAAUUUGGGCGGACUCAUUUUGAUGAUCUUGUUCCAUCGCCAACUUCCGAGAAGGCUUUCCUCGCACAGAUCCAUGCCCGCAAGCCGGGGUACAUUCACAGUGCUGCCGCCACUGGCUCCAUGCGCAGUGACAUAGUUACAGAAGAUGGAGACCCCUAUGUGAGAGCAGAUGAUGAAAAUUAUGAGAAUGACUCAGUCCGCCAGCUGGAGAACGAACUGAAGAUGGAAGAAUACCUGAAGCAGAAGCUGCAGGAUGAGGCGUACCAGGCAAGCUGCAGUCCGACAGACAACGAGAGCUACGUAAGAACUGAUGAUGAGGAGAGCUGCUUUCGGACAGACGAUGAAGAAAAUUUAGCUGCAGACUUCACAGAAGAAUGGAACCAACAGGUGCAGCGUCUCUUGACAAAAAAAUUCGAAUAACUAAGUUUUGAGGACUGUAGCACAGUACCUUUGUUCUAAGAGUUGUAGUUUGUAGAUGUGUGUUUUGACAAAAAGACUUUUGUUUAAAGCUAACUUAUAUUAGCUACAUCUGCUGUAACAUGGCUCAUUACCGGUGAAGAACACAGACUGAAGUAGGUACUGCUGUUACAGAUAACAGCGGUAUUAAUAACUCACAUAAACCCUUUGCACAUGAUAUUGAACCUGUUCCGUUUACAAUGACAAUACUGUUUAUAGAUAGAAAAUUGAUUUCUGAAUAUUUUGAGAUUUUAGUAGAUCAGUUUACUAUACACUGUACAUUUUUUCCACAGAAAAGGUAAAAAGCUACAAUUAUGCAUUUAACACUGAAUGAUUAUACUCCUGAGUGUAUAUAUCUAGUAGCCCAAAAACAAAGUAUCAGACUAUAUUUGCAAUUUGUUUGCAAGUCUUUUAAUAGACUUAUACAAAAUGUACUAAAAUAAUAAUAAUAUAAUUAAUAAUAAUAAUAAUAAGCCUCUCUAAUUUAGGGCUAAUGUGUAACUCUAGGAAUGUUUUCUUUCAAAAUAAUCUAACAAAUCAGCCAUAGAAGUUAGUGUAAAUAUUUUUUUUUCCAAAUAGAUAUCAUAUACAAAAGGUGACAUUCAAAUGAUAUAGAAUCUAGUUUUUAAAUCAGCACAGAUCUUCUUAAAACUGUGAACUAUGUUUUGAAAUACUCGUUGCUAAAGCUGUUUAUAAACCACAGGUGCCAUAAGAUCCCUGAACUGACUGAUGUUAUGUAUAAUCUUCCACGGUAUCGUUUCAUUGAUGUUUUAGCUUUAGUAAGCAUGUGUUCAACGAAUCAGCUCUUUCCAUCCCCCUGCCCCUCCAACUCCCUACUUCAUUAUGUUAUUUUUGAGGCCUUCAGCUUUAAAUGUACAGGCUUAAAGUGCGCUUGCGAUUAUUUUCUUUUUAUUUCCGAAUGUGUAUUGCCUUAGCCAGCCACCAGAUGUUCUGCAUGCACUCUUGGAAAUGUGUAGUGAGACUCUCUUUCAGAGCUGGUUGGAGAAUUAGCUAUCAGUGAAAAGCACAAGAAAAGUGGUGGACUUUUUCAAAAGAACAGGCAUAUAGUUACAGAAUUGGAGUUUUGUCCAUUUUAGUAACUUCUGAGCAUAACAGAAUUUCUGGAGAAAGAGGACUAAUCCAACCAUUUUGGAUUAUGAAGUGAGCCUGCUAGCUAGCAGGUGUUUGCUCUGCUGUUACUAUGGAUCUGCAGGUAGUUCUCAGCAGGGAUUGACACAAAAUAGCUGGAAUAUCCCCCACACAGGAUAUUGCCUGGAAAUUAAGAUUACACCUGCACUGCCAUGUGGUAAAAUUGGAGCUCUUCCAGGUACAUUAAAGCUAGAAUUAGAGCUAGUCCAGAAGCAGGACUGCAACAUCAGUGCAAUGUAAUGUGCUGGCUGCACACCCCUAUUGAGAAACACAGUGUGUUACCUUGGGACCACCUCUGUGCUAAGGUAAUACUACUACUCUACCAUAAUGUUGCAUCUCCCAGUAUCUGGCUGAUCUGAAGUGACGCUAUCUAGCAACCCUGAAAACGCUAGUGUUUCAUACAAACCAGCACAGUCUGCCUACAGCAAGUAAUGAAAUACUCAUCUAAAGCAGGUUAAAAUGUGUGGGUCUGUCCCCUGUUUCAUGAGUACAUACAUCUUAGGAUGUAUGCUGCCAUAUUUACAUUAGAUUGCUAUGUAGCUCAACCCAGUAAUUUCACUUGCCAUUUGCAUGCAUUCUCUAGGCUCUUGACUGUUUCCCUGGGCACUGUGUGUUAGGGAAUGAGUAUCUGUAUGAAAGAGCUGCCAUUUUUCACUUUCAUAUUGUAUUAUUACUUAUGCAGGUCUCUUGUGCACAUCUCCAUGUGUAGCUGGGCAUGGUCUCAGACAUCCAAAUUGAUGCUAAAGCAUCCAAAUAUCUUCACGUAAGCUUUUCAUUCUUGCAAUCACUGGUCUUUGCUUCUGGGGUAUGUGCUAUGCUGGCAAGGCAGGCACCAUAUCCUCUGAUGCCCUCUCCUACAACCUCCUCUCAGGAAUGAGUGAGCCUCCACUAGUGCCUAGCACUGCACAUUAAAACUCCUGCAGCGAAGUCAUAGAUGUUGCUGUCAGCUCAGGAUUCCAGUCAAGCAUUUCCUGAACAAAGAUGAGAAAAAAAAAAAAAAAAAAAAGCUUGAACACAGCUACAUGCAAAGGCUGACUAAUCAACCUCUGUCAUGUUUAACUGUACCCAAAGUAAUAACUCCCUUCCAUCAUCCUAAUGUCAGUGUGCUCAUUAUCACUAUGCUUAAAAUAGAUGCAAUAAAUCCAUUGCAAGGGCUUCUGGACUAGGAGUAGUGAAAAAAGUUGAUAGAUCAAGUGCUUUUCUCUCAGGCUGGUAUCAGCAAGGUACGUCCCAGCAAAGAUCUAGGUCCUUUAUGUCCUGCAGCUCUGAGAUGAAGCACCUCUUAUCUGGCUCUCCAAGUACCUAUUUUAAGCAUUUUCCAACUGUUAAGCUGGCUACAUUUUAGCCCAGCUGGUCUUUGUCUACUUGUUACAUAUUAUUUUGGUUGUGGUUUGCGGUCAUUGAAACAGUUAUGGAAGAGGUCCCUAGUAUAGGCCUUUUCGUAACUACAAAUGGCUCACCACAGCAGUCAAAACUCCGGGUGGUUUACUGUCACUGGAGGGAAAUCAGUGGUUUGGAAUCAGGAGACAGGGAUGUGAAGAUGUAUAGGGUUCUUGAAUGUCCAAAGCAAAGGUGGAGAAUGGGUUGUCUGUAAGUAGUAAUGUUAACUAAACUGCAUAAAAAGGUGUGUGGCCUUUGUUGUGAUAUAAUAUGUAUUUUCUUAUAUGCAUGAGCCAAAUUGUUGCAUCAUAAUUUAUCACAAAUGUGUCUGCCUUUACUUUUGGUCAUCUUCUCCCAUCCUUAUUGGUUCUUGGCAAUUACUGUAGAUAGACCUUGUAAAUAUUGCAACCUCAGGUUGCUGUAAUCACAUUGGUUCAAUUCAGCAGACGGAGCUGUGAACAACAAGCACUCCACUGUGUCCUGAAGACAAAGGGCAUUUUUACCUUUGAACCAAAAAAAAAAAAAAAAAAAAAAAAAAAAGUAUGAAGAGUUACAUCUUGAGGCUACUAAUUGUAAGACAUUUUUAAAACUACUGUACUUGACACCACUUGAGACAGAUACAGAGACACAAAAGAUGUCACAGUAUUCAUUGGUAUUGUAACAGAACUGCUAUUGUAUGGGUUUUUUGUAUUGCUGUUAAGUAUUGUUUUGUGUGUGUGUGUGUUGGAACCUACUGGGGACAUGUUAUAUUUUGAAGUGAUUAAACUAUUUAAUUGUGUGUCUAUAUUUUGGAAUGGAAUUAUUUCUUCAUUAAAAAAGAUUUUUAAAAGUAA